GUAGUGUAGAAGCGCAGAGAGUUGGAGUAGAGAUGAGAGAGGACCUGUUGCACUGAGUUCUGCGGCUCUGUGUGGAAUUAAACACUGAUUUAUUUCUACACAUACUGUACGGAAAUAUAUAUAAAAAGCCACAGCGAUGCCUUGCGUCGAGACCCAGUUUGGAGCACUGCCUUAUGAAAGCAACUUCUUCAGCCCUGAUUUUCUAAAUUCAGGACUCUCCAACAAGCCGGGCAUGGAUCUCAGCAUCCAGAGAGAGCAGCUUUCUACACCGUCGCUGCCCAGCAUCAACACACUAGUGGGCAAUUCUGGUGAGAAUGACACCUUCUCUUGCCAGUUCACUGCUUCGGUCUCGGCCGCCACGAACACAAACACACCCGGCGACAUCCACAACGCAUUAGUUGAAGGUUCAAGCCCAAGUGGUCUUCAGUCUCCUUUCAAGCUGGACGACAUCCAGGUGUACGGCUGCUACCCAGGAGCCUUCUCCUUCAGUUGUCUGGAUGAAAGCUUGUCCUCGUGUGGAUCUGACUAUUACGGAAGCCCGCUUUCGUCGACUUCCUCAUCUUCAACCCCAGGCUUCCAAAACCAUCCCGGUUCAACCUGGGAAAGUGCCUUCAGUCCAUUUCCUUCCAUGUCUUGGUCAUCAGAGGUCACAGCUCUACACCAGAAGCCUUCCUUCUUUACGUUCAACACGCCGGUUGAGCAGCAGUCCCUGAUCCGGGAUCACCAACUGCAACUCGGUGAUGAGGAUGUUUUUGGUCAAUUUCACCAACCGUCUCCAUUGCAUUUCCCAUCCCUGGACCUUGAGCACAGGUGCUUGGACAAUCCGGUACUAAAGGUCGGAAGGGUCGAGGUUCACCCAUCUGCAAAACAACGAAGUCCCAACGAAGGAAACUGUGCAGUAUGUGGUGACAAUGCUUCCUGUCAGCACUACGGGGUUCGCACCUGUGAAGGGUGCAAAGGGUUCUUCAAGCGCACUGUUCAGAAGAAUGCAAAAUAUGUCUGCCUCGCCAAUAAAGACUGUCCAGUCGACAAGCGACGGAGGAACCGUUGCCAGUUUUGCCGUUUUCAGAAGUGUCUUGCAGUAGGAAUGGUCAAAGAAGUGGUGAGAACAGACAGUCUUAAAGGUCGAAGAGGACGUCUUCCAUCAAAGCCCAAGAACCUUCCAGACAACGUGACUCCUGUGAAUAUUAGCGCCUCGCUUGUAAGGGCUCACAUCGAUUCCAAUCCUGCUCUGGCGAAACUGGAUUACUCCAAGUACCAGGAAGAUGUGAAGAACCUGUCUGAAAAGGUGGACGCCAAUGACAUCCAGCAGUUUUACGAUCUCCUCACCGGGACCAUGGAGGUUAUCCAGAAAUGGGCUGAGGCUGUUCCUGGUUUCCGCACCUUCUGUCGCGAGGACCAGGAGCUCCUUCUGGAGGCCGCGUUCGUCGAGCUCUUCAUAUUGAGACUAGCAUACAGAUCGAAUCCUGAGGAACACAAACUGAUAUUCUGUAAUGGUGUAGUGCUACACCGCUUGCAGUGUGUACGAGGGUUUGGAGAUUGGAUCGAUUCUAUCAUGGACUUCUCUCAGAGUCUCCAUCGCAUGAACCUGGACAUAACAUCGUUCUCCUGCUUAGCAGCACUCGUCAUCAUCACAGAUCGCCAUGGUCUAAAGGAACCCAAACGUGUGGAAGAGCUUCAGAACCGCUUGAUCUCCUGCCUCAGAACCCACAUCACAAGCAGCAGCGCAGACCAGAGCAGAUCUCAGCCGUGUUUGUCUCGUUUGCUCAGCAAACUGCCAGAGCUGAGGACUUUGUGCACGCAGGGUUUGCAGCGGAUCUUUUACCUGAAGCUGGAGGACCUGGUUCCUCCUCCGCCCAUUGUGGAGAAAAUCUUCAUGGACACACUUCCAUUUUGAGCAGUGAACGAGACACUGACGGAACAGUUUUUCAGCAAACACUUACAGACUGACUUUUCUAAUAGCGUUCUUUCGAGUACUGCGAGGAAAACACACCGUUCCUUACACCAUGUACGAAUAUUUUUUUAUGUUGGAAAACAUCAGAGGGCAUUUUCUAUACUUUAAUUACUGUGUGUGUGUGUGUAUGUGUGUGUUUAUGGUUUGACUUUACUGCUAUGCAAAUAUCUUUAUAAAUUCGUUGAAUGAUUUUGAUGUAGAUUUUAGCAUCAGCAGGAUUUUAUACAAACCUUCUUUUGUCAACACAUGAUGUUGAUUUUAUAUUCAUUAUGAUGAAUUAUUUUCCCAAAAUACAAAACAGUAAAAGCCUUUUUUUCCAAA